AUGAUUCGUCAAUUUGGACCACAAUGUUUGACAUCCGGCCAAGAUGUUGUGUUUCAGCAAGAUGGUGCAGCGUGCUAUACCUCAAAAAAGGCUAUAAAAUGGAUGGAAGAAAAUAAUGUACCACUUUUGAAAUGGGUUUCUAGCAGUCCAGAUCUGUCACCUAUUGAAACUUUGUGGCACGAGAUGAAAAAGGUUCUACGACAACAUCCUGCUCCGCCACAUCAGUCGACAAUUUCCCGUUGGUAUGAAGAACUCGAACGUGGACGGGUGAGUCUUAACGACGAUCCCAGGGUGGGUGAACCAAAAACGGCAGUCACCCAGGAAAACGCCGAUGCUGUGCGCAAACUCAUCAUUGAAGAUAGACAUGUGACAUAUCGCGAGAUUGAGGCGUCCUUGAAGGUCUCAAAUACCUCAAUUCUAAAAAUUUUACAUGAAGAAUUAGGAGUAAGAAAAUUACAGAAAGCAGCCAGGGUUAAUUUGUGUCAAAAAACGCUUGACCGUUUCAAUUCCGGGAACUCAAAAAAUGUGUACAGCAUUGUUAUCAUCCGUUCUCGAAGUGUUUCGAAAAAGAUGGUCGCGACAUUUGUGUCAAAAGCGGGUCAUAUUGCAACAAUUCCUCUUAAUGAGCAAAGAACUAUUACUGCGGAUUGGUAUGCCACCAUUUGUUUGCCAAAAGUCACCACCAAGCUUCGAAAAAUCAACUCCGAAAGAAGAAUCACCCUCCACCAAGACAAUGCAAGCUCGCACACAGCCCAAAAAACAAGACAGUAUUUAACGGAAGAAAACGUGGACCAUCCUCCAUAUAGUCCAGAUCUAAGUCCUAACAAUGUCUUUACUUUCCCGAAAAUUAAAAACAGACUGCCUGAAGAAGCAGUUGACGCAUUCAAAAAUGCCGUUUUGGAUCUGCCAGCAAACGAGUGGAAUAAGUGCUUCGAAAAUUGGUUCGAGCGCAUGCAGAUGUGUAUUAAUCUUCUUAUUCAAGAGCACUACAAAAAUGGUGCAAAGAAAGAAAACACGUUUCGCGCGCUUCAUUCUGUGGCAAAUCUGCCAGGCCGGCCAAGGAGCGUUCGCACACCGGGAAAUAUUGCUGUUGUGAAAGAGAGUGUGAGAGAUGAUCCGAAACAAUCAACAACGCGUCGAUCCCAAGAAUUGGGCAUUUCGAGAACCAGUUUGCUCCGCAUUCUCCACAAGGAUUUGAAUGUACACGCCUACAAGAUCCAAUUGACGCAAGAGCUGCGUCGGGCCGACCAUUUUUCGCGCCGAACGUUCUCAGAUUGGCUCCUUGAACACCGCCAAAUUGAUGCCAAUUUUUCAUCAAAAAUCAUGUUCAGCGACGAAGCGCAUUUCACUUUGAAUGGGACGGUAAACAAGCAAAACUGCCGCAUCUGGGCGAACGAAAAUCCCCGUGAGUAUCCAGAGCAGCCGAUGCAUCCUCAAAAAGUGACUGUGUGGUGUGCAUUGCGGUCAAAAGGCAUCAUCGGACCUUACUUUUUCGAAAAUGCGGCCGGGGACGCCGUUACCGUCAAUUCUGAGCGAUAUCACGUGAUGAUAGCGGACUAUUUUUUGCCGCAACUUGAAGGAAUGGAUAUGGACGAUGUUUAUUUCCAACAAGACGGUGCAACAUGCCACACAACCAACGUCAAUAUCCAUCGAUUGCAGUCCUUCUUCAGUGAUCGCGUGAUUUCGCGCAGAGGAAAUGUGCCAUGGCCACAAGACCUCUACGUCAACAAACCAGCCACCCUCCAAGAACUCAAAAACAACAUCAUUGCCGAGAUAAAUGCCAUAGAACCGACCAUGUUGCAAAAUGUCAUUGAAAAUUUCGACCAUCGCGUGGACGUCUGUAAAUCCAGUCGUGGUGAACAUUUGAGCGAUAUUCUUUUUCAUACAUAA